CGCUUUGCAGCUUAACACAGAUUCUCUUCUUCUUCCAUCCCAUGUUUAUAGCGAGAGACACACUGAGUCUCAUAAGUCACAACUCAGCCAACGACCCCGCUCUCUCUCUCUCUCUCUCUCUCUCUCUCUCUCUCACCGUGCUGUCUCUGGUUUCCUAGUGCCCCGUCCAAGGCGCUGAUUUUUCUGCUUUUACUUCUAUUGAUGAUGGUGUGCACAAGACUAAUAUAGCAAGCUUUGUCUUGUGACCACUUAGCGUCUCAUAUAAAGCAUACUUCUUCUAUACACAAUUGUUUGGGGGAUUCUCAUCUUCUUUUUUUCCUUUCCCCUUUUGGUUUUGGACGGUGUUUUGCAUGGUUCUUGGAACAAAUGGCCUUGGUAACAACUGCUGAAGUUUGCGACGCACACUCGCAGCUAAUUGGAAGUGGUGAUCUACGGGUGCUUGAGCCAAUAUUUCAGAUAUAUGGCAGGCGACAGGUCUUCUCUGGACAAAUAGUUACCUUAAAGGUAUUUGAAGACAACGUUCUGGUUCGUGGGUUUCUCGAGGAGAAAGGCAAUGGCAGAGUUCUUGUUGUGGAUGGGGGUGGAAGCAAGCGGUGUGCAAUAUUGGGGGGCAACCCUGUAGUUCAAGCUCAGAAUAAUGGAUGGGCAGGUAUAGUGGUGAAUGGCUGUAUAAGAGAUGUUGAUGAGAUUAAUGGUUGUGACAUUGGUGUGAGAGCUCUAGCGUCCCAUCCCAUGAAAGCCAAUAAGAAAGGGAUUGGAGAGAAACAGGUACCAAUUACCAUCGCUGGGACAAGGAUCUGCGAUGGGGAAUGGCUUUAUGCAGACACCGAUGGAAUUCUGAUUUCUCGUACCGAGUUAUCUGUAUAAGAGAUGGCUUAGGAAGGAAAACCGUGGUAUACAAGGAGCCUCUUGCAUCCAACCACUCACCUACUCAUCAUGUGAUUUAUUGUAAGAGAGCUGUUGUUGUACCAUGGUUACAGGAAGAUUUUCUCCUUUGGAAGACAAGUCUUUGCAGCAUAAAAAUGUACUGUCUUUGUUUAGUUGCUCCGAUGUUGUACCUUGUUUACCCUGCCGUGCUCAUUUUCCAACUUUGGAUUGUAUUAAUCCACAUUCCAUGAUAUUAAACCGUUAACUAUGCUUUUGGUUUCCCCUUCUCCUUCA